GUGCCAGAUUUGUUCUUAUGCCAGCCGAAAUUCCAGUCAGCUGAUUGUUCACUUGCGGACUCACACUGGAGACUGCCCCUUCCAUUGCACCAAAUGUCCCGCCAAGUUUAAAAUCAACUCUGACCUCAAACGUCACGUGCGAAUACAUACCGGGGAGAAACCAUUUCAGUGUGACAGGUGUGACUAUAAGUCUUCAAAUAAAGGAAACCUCAAGACCCACAUGAAGAUCAACCACUUGGAAGAGAAUGAGCUCCACUGUCCAGCUUGCCAGUUUGCCACCUCUUCGCGGAAACGAUUCAGAGAACACGAGAGAGUCCACAAUGUGCUGGUGGUCAGAUGCACGCAGUGCGAAUACACCUGCGCCAACUUCGGCCAGCUGCGCAGCCACGCGAUCAUCCACAACUCCGUGAAGCCUUUCAGAUGUAAAUUAUGCCCAUACUCAUCCAGGCAAAGUGGUAACCUUAAGAAGCAUGUUCAGAACAUGCAUCUGCACAAACUCCGCUCAAGAUCCAAGAAUACGGCAGUUGAGAAUGUGCUGUUGCCCAUCUCAGAAAGAUCUAGUGUUCAGAGACGCCGCAGUACAGCAGGGUGCAGGAAGCUGCAUUCUUGUCAGCAGUGUGGUUCCAGCUUUGUACGUGAGGACUCUCUGAGGUGCCACAUGAAGCAGCACAGUUCCCAUGUGGGAGAGAGUACCAUAGAGGAAGAAGCUGAUGAAAAGCUCCUAUCUGCUGACGCAGGCAUGGAUCUUCAGUCCACUCCUACAACAAACACCGCCACCUCAACAUUUUAUGGCAUCCAGCAAAUUGUCGCUGCUGCCUCUAAAAUUUACGAAGAGAACUACGGUGCCAUCAGGGCUACAGAUAAUCAUCCGGCUGCCAGAUCAAAGUCAUUCCCUUCCCUGGACUCACUUCCUGAGCCUUCUGUAGAUCAGUCUGCCCCACAAAGCCGGUCCCAUGCUGCAUUUAGUAAUUUUUAUACACCAGCGUCUGCAGAUGCUAAGUUAAAAAAGAAGCGUAGGAUUACAGCUUUGCCUCAACUGCCAUGGGAAAAUGGUUUUUUUUCUGCAUCUGUGUCUUCACCUUAUGAUUCACAUCUGCCUUCCAGUCUUGUUGAUGUGCCAGAGUCUUUAUCUUCACAUUCAAAAACGCAAACUGGCAAUAUUGAGGAAGCCAGUGGCCAGAAACUUCAGUCUGAGAGUGCCCAGCAUAAUUCAGUCUUUACACAAGAUAAGCCAAUCCAUAUUUUAAAUCAACACAUUGGCAAGCAGCUGGGCCCAGAUUUAAUUAAAGGGAGGAAGAUUGAAAAGUCUUUCUUAUCACCCAUGAAGUUAUCUUCUCCUCCUCCUUCAGAGUUAACUCCCCUAUCACAGCUGCCCCCAAAGGCUGACUGCAGUAGGAGGCAAUCUGCUGCAAGCAUACAGCAGCCAGUAACUGUGUCGUUGCAAAGCCAGCCACUUCACCCUUUGUCAGUGAACCCCAUGCAUGUACAGCUGCAGCCAACCAGCCAGAUUCAGAUUGUGAUGUCAGGUGCUGCAGUAUCCAAACCUGGCCAAUUAGUCGGCACACAGGAGAACUCUGUCCUUCCUCAACAGAUUUUAUUGCAGGUUCAAGGCAGUUCUGAAGGAUCCAAGAUAUUUACCAUCCCGCUUGCCAGUUUAAACUCACUGCAAACUACUGGCCAGAUCCUACCUCACAUCGUCAACCAUUUUACACUUCAGCAAAAUAGCCUAAUCAGUUCCAAAGUUUCCCAUAUAACAGAAUCUCAGCUCGCAGGUGCACAGAUGCUGAACCAGCCUGCUCUUAAGCUGACCGACAGUAUACAGAACAACACUGUAACAAGCCGCCGUGUCACAAGUAUCCCAGAAACUGCAGAGGAUGUCUUUAGUAAUGUGAAACAGUUGGGUUCAUCUGGAUAA